CCGCCAGGCGCCAGCGGCAUUCCAAUCCAUCCAGCCAUCCAUCCAUCCAUCCCCCGAAGCUCCACGGCAGCAAAACAAGGCGAGAGGCGAGUCUCCAUCCAUCAUCAUCCAUGGCGCCCAAGAGAUCGUCGUCACCGGCCGGAAGCAGCGGCAGCGGCGUGUUCGAGGCGGCGGCGGCGGAGCAGCCGAGGCUGCGCGGCGUGCGGAAGCGGCCGUGGGGCCGGUACGCGGCGGAGAUCCGUGACCCCGUUAGGAAGGCGCGCGUGUGGCUGGGCACCUUCGACACGCCCGAGCAGGCGGCGCGGGCGUACGACGCCGCCGCGCGCAGGCUCCGUGGGCCCGGCGCCACCACCAACUACCCCCAGUCCUCGGAGCCGAUGGCGCCGGCGGAGGCUCCAGCGCGGAGCGCGAGCGGGAGCGGGAGCGCCGUUGUGCACGAGUCGUCGUUGUCGUCGUCCUCCUCCUCCUCCUCCUCGUGCUCCCUGCUGCCGGAGUCGGUGACGGUGGCCGUCACGGCGCCGGCCCCGUCGCUGGACCUGAGCCUGGCGCUGCCGGCUUCGGCUUCGGUCGCAAAGACGUACCAGCUGUUCAUGGAUCCGACACCGGCCCUGCUGCCGUUCCUGCUUCCGAAGAGCGAGGAGGAGCGGAGCUGCUCUGGGUCGCCGUCGUCGUCAUCUGUGGUGUUCGACGCGGCGCCGCCGCCCGUGGGCCUGGGUCUAGGGCUCGACCUCAACCUGGCGCUGCUGCCGGCCGAGAUGGUCGUGUGAUUGCCGCUGUCGUCCAGGAGUAGUUUUUUUUUAAUUAUUUUACUGUCGUCCAGGAGUAGUUGGUAAUCGAUCGGAGGCAGUCGUUCAAAUGUACAACUGUAAAUAGGAUGCAGAUUUGUGCAUGCGCUUAGCCGUGUUUUCUUUGUUAUACAAACUGACAGAUUUGCAUCUUUGCUGAAAGGCACGCAACAAUGAAUUAUGCCCCCAGCGGCUCUCAUUUUUACUGUA